AACAUUUUCUUUUCUAAGGGUAAUUAUUAGCCCUCCACCUAGAUAUGAAGUACCAACUCUGCAUUGCUGUGCUUCUAGCCACCGCCUUAUCUCUCUGUGAAGCAGGGGACUGUAGCCAGUUGAAAUCUUGUGUGACUUGUAUUGAAAGUGAGCCAAGUCUGAACAUCUCCUGUGAGUGGGUGACAUGUGGAGCUUCAGAAAACAGCAGCUGUGUCUCCAAAAAAGAAUAUACCCAUGAAUUCUGUACAGUAUUAAACAGAAGUCCUAUGUGUGCAGGUGAAAGGCCCAAUGAAGAAAGGGGCAAUGCUUUGGAAAACAGAUCAACAUCAUUUCCUGAAAACAGGUUAGCAGAGCCAGAGGAGGUGUCCCCUGAAGAUUUUCCUGACUCAGCCACAGAGUCUCCUCCAGUUUUCCACACAGGCAGUUUCAUCGGAGGAGGGGUCUUGGUGAUACUGUUAGAAGCUGUUGGAUACAUAGCUCUUAGGUACUUACGUGGACCAGAAAGCGGCUACCAGACCAUGGAGGAAACUCCUCAAUAAGACAUCCUUACUUAUCAUCUGAUCUGGGCACUUCUUACUCACUCAAGAGAGGAAACCUUUUGGUAAUAUGGUGGACAGCAGAAGACACAGUAUUACUACGUGCUUACUAUAAAAUGUGUUUUUUGUUUUUUGCAUUUUUCAGUAUAUCACUUCACAAGGUGACUAUAAUGUAGCUUUAGUUUUAGUUCCUUUUCAAUAGAGCCUUUGUUGCUUCGGAUCCACAUGCCACACCCAGAGCUACUAGUCAUCGGUUAUCAAUAUAUGGAUCCUUGGUAUAUAACAAUUAAUUAGAGUAAACAGGUUUUCUCUCUCAAGGAUCCAUAUAUCGAUUAGAUUAUUAUUUUUUUUGUAGCUCUGCAGGCUUUGCAAGAACAUUUUUACAAUGUUCAGUAGAAUUUGCUGUAUGGUAAGUGUUAUAGGGCUAUUCCCAUUUCAAGUUGGUAUGUCCUAUCCAUAGGAUCAAACUGAUUUGUGAGGCACAGAAUGCUGGACCCCAUCGAUCCCGAGAAUGGGGACAAAAUUGUCCCUUGAAAGUAUGGUGCACACCAUGUGUGAGUGGCCAGCAUUAAAUGGAGCGCUUAAAGCCACCAUUUAUUCCAAUGAGAAUUUUGUCCCCAUUCUGGGGAUCCACAGGGGACCCAGCGGUCAGCCCACGUCAAUCAGCUUGAUUUUCCCUAUCCUGUGGAUACAAGUUAAUAAUUUGGGUUGGAUAUACCAGUAAUGCAUGAUAAGUAAAACACCAUUCUGGACCUUUAUCAAUAUCUAAAAUUAUAAAGCUCCCAAACCAUUUUACGACUUCUCAGACAAAACCUAAACAUUGAUCUCUUGCUGUCACAGACAGUUUUGGCCUAAAUUGGCAUUGCCUUAUUUUCAAAUCGGACAUGUGUCCCUUUAUGUGGGAUUAACAUACUAAAGCCUUCUGGUACUUUCUAAGGAAUCUGAAAAAAAACUUUAUGGUUUUGUUAUAGUAACCCUUCACAGUGAUGGCAAGCUGACUUUUUAUGUAGUUGCACUGCAGUUUUUAUGGCAGCCUAAGGCUACUGUCUUACACAACAGUUUUGGAGCCAAAGCCAGAAGUGGAUCCAACUGGAAUAUGAAGUAUAAGUCCAUCGCUUAUAUUUCUCAUUCCUUUUUGAUUCACUCUUAGUUUUGGUUCCAAAACUAUGGUGGCAGUUUAAAAAAAAACUACCUUGUGUGACAGCAGCCAAUAGGGUGCAUUCAGUUUGUGUGCCCUGGGCAGCACAAGCUGUAAAUACAGUCCUGUCUGAGAACAGCUUACUAUAGAGUUUAUUACUUAUAUGGUUUCAUGCAGCUGGUGUCCUAAAAUCUUUGCUUACCCCACAAACCUUCCACUGGCACUGGUUGAUGAUAUUUUUCUCUGAAUAUAUAGUAUAGAUAGGAAGCUGUCAGUCAGUGGAUGGUGGGAAGGGAGUAGUUGUUGGGGAAUAUCCAGGACUAUUGUGAGUAUACAUCAUUAGCAGGACUACAAAGAAAAAAAUUAUGGGGCAGCAUAAAGAGGCUCCAUAGAGUUGCAGUACAACAUUACACACAUGUAUGAGUAAAUUUAGGCUGUUGUUUAGUUUUUUUCAUUAUUGACCAUUUUUGAUUUUCUCCUUUUUUGUCCCACAUUCAGUAUCUUAAAUCACCUAGACUUCUUUUUACAGUUUAGAUCCUGUUUCUAUUUUCUGAUUUUAAAUAUUAUUUCAUUUUAGUAAACCACUAUAGGGGCAGCAGUUUUGCCUGAGCUGCUUUUACAGCAUUUCCUUUUUAGCAAAGCCCAUGUAUAUAGGGAAAAGAGACUGUAUGGGAUCCUAUUAACUCUUAUUGUGAGAGUUUUCUAGGCAUGUUCUGUGACCUGUGCAGACAUCAGUGUUUUCAUCGACUAUUGUGAAUGGUCAGAUCCAGACUUAUCCAUAUACUGGUGUCACGGUAACUCUGCCAGUGAUGAUAUAGAGGAGACUGCUAAAAAGUUAGAUUUUCAUAACAAGAAGUGGCAGCUUAUUUUGAGGCUUUCUGGCCCAAAUAAAAAUACUAAAAUGGAAAAUUAGAAAAUGCAUCACCGAGAAUUCUUAGAAAAUAAGCGUAACAUAAAAACGUCAUUUUCUAAUAACACAUUUCCUUUAAAUGGUGUAUGAGUAAACUGCACCUUUCCUGGAGCUGAUGAUGGUUACCAAACGGAAAAAAAACAACUUUUUUUAUUCUCAGCCAAGUGUCAAGGAGGUGGGGCCAAGCUGCUGAGGUGCCAGAGCCUGCCAUGCCUCCUUGCUUGCUCUUACUUCCCAGCACCUCUUUGAUUGAUGUAAAGAGCCCUAUAUGUCAGUCAAGAAGGGGCUUGGAAAUGAGGGCAAGCGAGAAGUUGUGCCAGACUCUUGAGCAACUUAGCCCCACCUCCUUGAUAGUCGGCUGAAAAAUAAAAAGGCAAUUUAAUACGUUUGGCAACCACUAUCAGCUCCAGAAUAGAUAUAGUUUGCUUUUAUACCCUAACAGCAAUCCACUGGUGUCUGCAGCUCUUAGUAGCAACUAGAGCUGACAGAUUUGCUUUAAAGGGAUGGCUACCUUAUACAUGUUUAUUAAUACAGCACUACAGUGAUUAUGAUCGGUGACUUACAUUUACAGUGAGGCUUCCCUGUGGCCCCAUUCUCACGCAUAAUUCCAGGCUGUUCCUGCUUGGUCCCCCGUCCCUGUUGGCGACCGGACAGCUGUUGAACUGAAUCUGCAAUAGAGGACCUGAACAAAACCCUUGAUGCAGAUGUGAACCUAGACAUAGGAAAAAGCAAAGAGCAUCUAACAUCCAUGUAUACUUUAGGUUUCUUUGACACUUUGGUCACUGUUGGGUGCAACAGAAAAAGUAUAGAAGUGGACUGAAAUUUUUUUAUUGUUGCAUUACUGUAGGGGCCAGUGGGACUAGCGUAGGAGAGGACAGCCAACAGUUGAUCUCUGGUUUACUGUAGGGAUCCAGUAAUCAAUGAAGGGACAGUGGGUGAUAUAGGAGCAAAUCUUUACUACCAUUCCCACACUCCAGCUUCUGACAGUGCUCUUUGUGAUCCCAGUGCUGUCACUGUUUCAUUUGAUAUGGUAACAUUUUAAUGUUAUGAUGUAACUGUAUGUUGAGGUAUGGGAAGCGCUGACAAUCCUUAUACAGUUAUGUUGUAUUGUGUGUUUUUUUUUUUUUUGGGGGGGGGGGGGGGUUGAUAUCAGUGCUGCUUUGCCUAGAGUGCUGUGUGACAAUGUGAUGAAAAAUGGAAAAGACAAUUUGGAGCAUAAAGACCUUGUGAUCUCCUGAUGUGUGACAUCAUGACAGAUACAUUUUAGUUGUAUUAUAUUUUAAAUGACAAGGCAUUAGUUAUUGAGAAAGGAUGGCUCAUGAAUUUCCUUACCUUAGCAGAAGUCAGUUUAGGAUAUAUGACAUAACAAGCUGGCUAUCUACUUGUAUGUUUGCUUUUCUAUUUAAUGUUUGUUUCAUCUCCUAUCCCCAAACAUUCCAUAAACAUAAUGUCUUAUGUGUUUCAACUUCUAUAAA